CUUCAGAUGAUUUAAUAUAUUUUAUUCUUUACUUAAAAAUGUCUGUUUACUGUUACCGGUAAACGGUAUUUCUAGUAUUUUAAUCCCAUUCUGUUUUAGCUGAAAAUUUGAUACUGCUACAAAUUAAAAUUGUUAAUCAUUUGAAGAAAGUAUUAUUGGUAAUGGGAGAGAGUCCUUGGAAAGAUUGGAGACCUUUUAUAUAUGGAGGUGUAGCAUCCAUUGUUGCAGAAUUAGGAACAUUUCCAUUAGAUACAACAAAAACUCGAUUACAAAUUCAAGGACAAAAGCUGGAUAAAAAACAUGCAUCUUUAAAGUACACUGGUAUGACUGAUGCUAUAUUGCAGAUUUCAAAACAAGAAGGAUUUAAAGCCUUAUAUUCUGGGAUCAGUUCAGCAAUCUUGAGACAAGCAACAUAUGGAACGAUAAAGUUUGGAACAUAUUAUUCUCUUAAACAAACAGUCACUGAAAAAUGGGGAACUGAUGAUAUUGUGAUAAUAAAUAUUGUAUGUGCAGCUGUAACUGGUGCUAUAUCCAGUGCAAUCGCUAAUCCAACAGAUGUUGUGAAAGUUCGUAUGCAAGUUACUGGUGGAUUGACAAAUCUGUCUGUAUUCAAUUGUUUUCAAGAAGUAUAUCAACAUGAAGGUGUUCGUGGUUUAUGGAGGGGUGUUGGACCUACUGCUCAACGAGCAGCUAUUAUUGCAGCUGUAGAAUUGCCAAUAUAUGAUUUUAGCAAGCUAAAACUUACUAAUGUUCUUGGAAAUAGUGUCAGUAAUCAUUUUUUAUCUAGUUUCAUAGCUAGUAUGGGAAGUGCAGUGGCUUCUACUCCUAUAGAUGUCAUUCGUACUCGUUUAAUGAAUCAGAAAAGGGUAUACAAAAGUCGUGGACCUCCACCACCGCAUAUUUAUUCUGGUAGCAUAGAUUGUUUUGUUCGGACGAUCAAGAACGAAGGAUUCUUAGCGUUAUAUAAAGGAUUUAUACCAACAUGGUUUCGAAUGGGUCCUUGGAAUAUUAUAUUCUUUAUUACAUACGAACAAUUAAAGCAACUUAGUUUUUAGUAGUAAAUAAGUUGGUAUCAAAAUUACGUAUAAAUUUAGUAAACAUAAUUGCCAACAUUUCAAGACCUUUGUUCAAUGCUUAAUGAAAUUAACAUUACAAAGAUAUAAUUAAUUUAGGAGUUCUUUUGAAUUCUAUUUAAUGUUACAGAUUUCUCAUUGCAGUAUACAAAUCUAUAGGAACCAUGUACCUGACAGUAAGCGUUUGUUUUUUUUCAUUUUUAUUGACAAAUAUAUGUAUUUAUUAAA